AUGGCAAGUCGGUGUGAAAUCUUCUUGGAAAUCCUAAUUGCCAUAUUGCUUCCGCCUCUAGGAGUCUUCUUCAGACAUGGUUGCUGCAGUUGCGAGUUCUUCAUUUGCUUACUGCUGACUUUGCUUGGUUACAUUCCGGGAAUAAUUUACGCAAUCUAUGCCAUCAUCGUUUGUGUCGAUCGUAACGAGUACCCUGAUGAGGAUUGGCGCACUCCCAUUAAUGCUUAG